CACUUUAGAAAAAAAAAAUGAAUAGAGGGAGGAGACUUAAGGUCACGUUCAUCUCCCUCACUCUCUCAUCACGUACAUAAAUAAAGUUGUUGAUGGCCUAGAAUUCCAUACACAGGAAGAAAGAAGCAUAGAGAAAACUAUGUCCAUAGAGGGAAAUUGAAGGGUACCACUCUCUCAUCUACUAUUAAUGAUUGAAACUCGUGUUGGAAUUGUGUUGUUGGCAGUGGUAAGAGAGGAUAGAUCAUAGAUCAAACUGAAAAGUGAGUGUCUAGAUCAUAGGAUAGAGUAGAGACUAGAGUGAUAGAGAUCAAACAUGGGGAGAGGAAGGGUGCAGUUGAAGAGGAUCGAGAACAAGAUCAAUAGGCAAGUUACGUUCUCAAAGAGAAGGUCUGGUUUGCUCAAGAAAGCACACGAGAUCUCUGUGCUUUGUGAUGCUGAAGUGGCUCUCAUAGUCUUCUCCACCAAAGGAAAACUCUUUGAGUACUCUAGUGAUCCCUGUAUGGAACGAAUUCUUGAACGGUAUGAGAGGUAUUCAUAUGCGGAGAGGCAACUUGUUGCAAGUGAACCACAAACUGAAAAUUGGACUCUAGAACAUGCAAAGCUCAAAGCAAGGUUGGAAGUCCUACAGAAAAAUCAAAGAAAUUUUAUGGGACAAGAUUUGGAUGGCCUAAGCAUCAAAGAGCUUCAGAAUUUGGAGCAUCAGCUUGAUAGUGCUCUCAAACACAUUAGAUCACGGAAGAACCAACUCAUGUAUGAAUCUAUUUCAGAGCUUCAUAAAAAGGAUAAGGCCCUACAGGAACAAAACAACACUCUCUCUAAGAAGAUAAAGGAGAAAGAGAAGGCACUAGCCCAACGGGCACAACUGGAACGACAUGGUGAUGAAAUGGAUCUAACUUCUUCUGUUCUUGUACCUCAACCAGUGGAAACCUCAAAUAUUAGAGGCUCCUCACAAGUCAGAGGUGAUGGAGAUAAUGAAGGAACCCCAACUCCAACUCGAGCCAAUGCCAUUCUUCCACCUUGGAUGCUUCGUCCUACAAAUGAAUAGAAGACUAUUAAUUACAUAAGGUUUUAAAUUAAAUAUGAAUAUGGCUAAUACAAAGCUUACCUUAUAAGAUGUAAAAUGGUUUAGUGUGUUGAUUUGUGAACGACACUCGAUGAAUUCACUUGGAAUAUCAUCGGUAUAUGUAAUAUGUAUGUCUCUGACUACUACAUUUCAAUGAUAUGCUUAGUAAAUUUAUGGUAUGGCCUAUCUAGAUACAGGCCUACAAUAGAUACACUGUCCAUAUGAAUGUUUGGUUGUUAUCAAAAGUUUAAGUUUGACUUUA